ACGCCGCGCCAACUCUCGUCUGGCAGUUGAAAUGUCAGUUGAGGUGGUAGCAGCCACUUCUUGUGCUUUCGUGAAAUUAACCUCAUGAGUGAUUAACAGACACGCUGAACACCAACAAAUGUAAGUACUAGUUUAAUUGAAAGGUUUUCUUUUAAGGUAAAAAGCGUAAAAUCUUGUGUUUAUUUGGGAUACCUCGGUUCAAGCCUAUUGUUGAUGGUGCAGAAGCUAGCUAGGAGGAGCAUUCAAGCUUAAUUCAAUCACAUGUAUGACUGAGUUUGAUUUUCUCCAAACAUGAGCAUUGAGGUGCAGAUGAGACGGACAAUGGACCUUCUGGGUGUUUUUUCAGCGUCAUGGUUGGCUGCUAGCAGCUGAGCGUGUGUGUACAGUGUUGUUUUGGCCGAGCUACAGCUACUUAGCAAACAUAACAAGCCCAUUCAUUGUUUUGCUGAAGACUUAAAACAAUGUUGUUUAUUAUGCGUGUUGUGCCAGAGGACAGUGCUUAAUAGGAAAUGCACCGCUUUAAUCUAAAAUAGCAAUAAAAAGCUGUAAGAGGACAGUCUGAUGAAAGGUAGGUAGCAUUUGUCUGUUUGCUUCCCUGAGACUCGAACCUGUUCUACUGCUUAAGAUUGUGAAGGUUAAAACUAUGAAGCACCUCUCUGUGCUGGGACUUUUGGUACCUUGAGUUCACAGUAUGUAACAUAAGCGCAAAUUAUGAAAAAUGAGUGAAUAUUUGGCUAGUUAGCUUUGAUAACCAACCAUUUUUUGUCAAGUAUAUGCUUUCCAGGAUUAAUACUGUUGUCAGUUUCUCUUUCUUAGUAUUUACAUACUGAUAGUAAAAAAAACCUUAGUGCAUUAAUUUUCUGGUUUCUGCUGUCCAAAACUGCACAGAUAUGACACCACUUUUACUAACACAAAUAGACUUAGUGUCUCAUUUGAUUAAUGCUGAGUCAUAUUUUGAUAUGUUAUAUCUGUUCAAAAGAUAGACAAGUCUCUGAUGUCACUCUGACCUUUGAAUACUUCCAGCUAGGGCUGGACGAUAUGGGAAAAAGUUUAUCUUGAUAUAUUUUUCUCAUAUCAGUCAAUAUCGAUAUAUAUUACAAUGUAAGAAAAAAUAAGAUUUAACAGUGCUUAAUGGUAGCAUGUCCUUUGCAAUACAAUAAACUAAUGCAUCAGUGAGGUCCUUGCAUCUCUUCAACGCUUGCGCUAAUGCAGUGUUUCUCAAGUCCAGUCCUUGAGGACCACUGUCCUGCAUGUUUUGGAUAUUCCCCUGCUCCAACACACCUGAUUUAAAUGAUCUGCUUGUUAUUAAGCCAUUACAGAGUUUGAUAACGAGCUGAUCAUUUGAAUCAGGUGUGUUGGAGCAGGGGAAAAUUCAAAACAUGCAGGACAGUGGGCCUCGAGGACUGGACUUGAGAACCACUGAGCUAGAGAAAGCGGACUGAAUGAGCCAUGAGCUCCUUGCUCCGCUCAGUGUUUGUAACCUACUGCAUCGCAUGGCACUGCUUCAGGUGGUGAUAAAGAUUUGAGGUAUUCCCCAACUUUGCGAGAACAUGUACCCAACAUAAUUUGCAGUGCACUUACUCUGCUUAGUGUCCGACCUCAAAAAACCAAAAUACCUCCACACCACCGACGGUUUCGUGCCAGUGUUGUCGACGAUAUCAUCAUCUGUUGAGCCUUCAUCUGCAUUUUUCUGGGGGUAGCACUCAUUUUCUUUUUUUCUCAGAGCCAGUGCUGUUGACUUCACGUGUUAAAGUGCUAUGGUUGCGUGUUGCUGCAGCCUGCUACUACACUGUUGUUUGCUACUUGGUUCUAAUUCAGCAUAUGAUUGGUUCAGCGCGAAGCAGACCUGGAGUAACUCCUCUUUUCACUGGCUAUUCAUAUAGUCUACCAAAACAUGGCAGAAUGCCGACAAUCGAAAAGGAUAUUGACCGCGUUUUAUAUUGGAAUCGAGGGAAAUUAAUUUUUGAGAUAUAUUGUUAUAAUUUAUCGCCCAGCUCUAGUUCACAGUUGUGUAACAUAAACGCAAUUAUGAAAUACUAGUUAUAUCAGUUAAUGUUUGGCUACUUAGCUUUGAUAGCCAACCAUUUUUUGUCAAGUAUAUGCUUUCCAGGAUGAAUGCUGUUGUCAGUUUCUCUUUCUUAGUAUUGACAUACUGAUAAAAAAGCCUUUGUGCAUUAAUUUUCUGGUUCCCACUGUCCAAAAGUUCACAGAUAUGACAUCACUUUUACUAACACAUAGUACUUUGUAUCUCAUAUGAUUAUUGCUGAGUCAUGCUUUGGGUGGUCAUAUCUGUUCAAAAGGUAAACUAGUCUCUGAUGUCACUCUGACCUUUGAGUGCAUGCAGCCCUUUAUGCAGAGAGCAAAAACAACAGGUGUUGAUCAUGAUAGUGCACAAUCCAUGCGAAAGGAACAGCUCCAGUUCUAAGAAUAUGACAAGAUAUGUUAUUUGAUCUGAGCUUUGCCACAGACAAUUUCUAGAAAAUGACCCUCUUAAAUUGUGUUUCUUGUCAGUACUGUGAAGUCCGAGGAUUAAACAUUAUUUGAGCAAGUAAACAAGGCAUGACAAGUUGAGAUUUCCCUGCGUAAAUCCACUGAAACAACAGCAACCAUUGUGAGGACUUAUUCUAUAGGCAGCUUGCCAAAUCUUGUGAUGAUGUAAGCGUUAUAUAAAUCUUACAGCAGGACUUAGCGUGUAGUGUUUAGCAGCAAACAUUCUGUGACUGCACUUAAAAAGACUUGUGUGUUAGGUUGACCUAUAGCAUGUUUUUUGACAAAGACUUUUUUUGUUCCAUAGUGAGUGAAAGAGGGGAUUACUAUAAUCUGCAGACAUGGGAGGCCUGUUAUCCCGGUGGAAGGUAAGUGGAUGAGUGAAAAUAAAGAAGUCAAGUCAAAAACACUCCAGGAAAGAACAAGGUUAACAGUGCUCAUUUAAACAGUAUGAAGCAAAACCUAAUAGCUGUGGUGCAUUUGUUAAACAGGUUUUAUCGAAUCUCAAGGUAAUGACAGUGUAGGAAUUGUUGAGCGUGUGAAGCAGGUUUUCAGGCCUUUUGAGCUAUUUUGGGGUGGAAAGAAGCACAGAUAGAAAUGAAUAAGUCCAACUGAAUUUAAAAGUGCAAAAUUCUACUAAUAGGUUUGUACCAGAGUACCUAAGGGCAUAUAUGGCAAUUUCUAACCUCUAUAUAACUCUCAAGUACCUGAUUCUUAGAUAUUAAGCAUGUUAUGUAAAACAGUGUUUUUCAAAGCUUUAACAGUGGGCCACAGAGUCCACUCUGAACAGAUUUACUCAGUUCUUGUUCUACUUGAGUGAUGACUAUGCUAAAGACAAUCUAGUCUCUUUUGCCAUCAGCACACUGAACCAUGUGCCCUGAGCUCAAUGAAAUUCAUACACUAUUUUUAGACGUUCUAGGAAAGUCAAGGGACGGGAAGGCAGAUGGCAAGUGAGAGUGAGUAGUAGGAAGUGCAACCGAGGAUUUAAUAGUCAUUACUUUUAAAGAGAAGAGGAAAAAGAAGGUUGAUACGUAAAUAAAUUAAAUAAAAAAAAAUAGGAUGCAAAAUGAGAUGUAUGUCUUUGAAAUUUGAAGGUGAAAUAGGGUUGGCAAUUCUGUUAUUGGCUGUUGGUUAUACAAAGUAUUGUGUCAGUAGUUGGAGUGAAACUGAUGAUGAUUUUUUUUACAUGUGUUUGCCAAAUCUAGACAAAGCCAACCACAGUUGAGCAGCUGGAGAACAUUGACAAGGUACAGUCUCAGAUCAAGUGUCAUUUACUCAAAAUGUUUGACCCAGUUUCAUUUAGAUUCUAGUUUUAUGAUGGAGAUAUACUCUCAAUGUACUUGUGCCUGUCUCAAAGCAAGAUGUUUGAACUCUGAAUGAUCACAUUAAUCACAUUAACUCAAUACUGCUAUCUACCUGGUAUUAUUAAUUCCACUCCUUUAGAGGGGACACUAUUUUGUUAGUGUAGCAAUAAUAAGUGAACUAUAAUCUUUGCACUUGAUGAAAAUGGUUGUGUUUAAAUAACCUUUGACCUCCUCCUUUCUCUUUCAGGAGAUUAAAGAUCUUGAGGAGUUUCGAGCCAAAAACCAGCGUCUACAAAAGGUAAAGUAAAAGAAAAUAGAAAAAAAUCCCAAAUGAGUUGUUUUAUUGUUUGAUUUAUUGUUUUUUAAUCUGUUUUUGUGUUUAUCUGUCUGCAGCUGUGGGUGGGCCGGUUGAUUCUCUACUCAUCAGUCCUCUACCUGCUGACCUCUCUGAUCGUAUACUAUCUCUACCUGCCUGAACAAUGGCUGCAGAGACUGUCCAUGGCCCUGCCCUUCUUCAUUUACCCAGUGCUGUAAGUGCUCACAUUUUUUGACUAUAUUUAUCAAUCUGUCAGUUUUGUCUUGCAAAGAUCACUUUAGAUGUGCCAUGUUAUGUUUUUAAUUGGCAGUCUCACGGUGUGCACUGUAUGUUGUAUUAUUAUUUUCAUCUGUUGCCUUUUUCUGUUGCUCUCAGGGUUUGGUUCAUCAGGAAACUGUUGGUCUUCCUCUUUUCUAAACGCACUGAGAGAAAUAGUAAGUUGUCUGUAGUCCCUUUCUGUCCACCUGUCCAUAAAGCUGACAAAUAUUUAACUUUUGAAACCUAAAGGGAUGUUCCGGUUUAAAUUUUCCAGCAGCCACUUGUUUGUGGGGGAGCCCUGACGAGUCGAUCACCGAGUGCAGUGGAGUUUCACAGCUCAAGGAAGAAAAUUUAUGAUUAUUACUUGGUGGAAAUGUAAUCAGAUUGAGACGCUAAAGCAGGAGAACUACCGCGUCUGAGUGCAAAAUAAUUAUGAUGAUUAUUACUUUAUGGAAAUGUUCCACUGCACUUGGUGAUCAACUCAUUAGGGCUCCCCCACAAACAAGUGGCUGCUGGAGGAGAGUGGGUGAGUUGUGUUUGGUCUCUUUGCUAAAGAAACCAGGAAAAGCUAAAAAGAUGUUUGGUGACAAGUACUAUGACUGGGACCCUAUAUGUACUGUUGAUGAAGUUAGGUGCUGUUCUGAUCUGCUGAUUUGUGGCUAUAGAGUGGCUUUUUGGCUGAGGUUUGUGGGUGGAGAUGUAGACCGCUAUGUGUUGCUAUUGUGCAGUUCUUACUUAAGUUGGUAUACUUAGAGAAGCAAGCAGUCGGCAACAUUCAUCUCUUGAAGGGGUGUCUAACUUGGUGUUACAGUGUGUUUGACCCUAACUUAAAUUUACACCGGAAUAUCCCUUUAAAUGACGCUUUGACUGUGAAUGCUUUAAGAAUGACUAUUACCUUUGCCUUCCUGUUGCAGACUGACACAGCAAAAAAAAUCUAUCUUUAUUGUCACAUUUACUCAAGCUGUUUUGUGAUAGUACACUGUUAUUCUCUAAGACACAACUGAUCAAUGUUUUUCCAACUCUUUUUUUAGAUGAUAAACUUGAAGAUUUAAAGGCCACCAAGAAAAAGAUUGUAAGUGAUGAGAUAAUCUCCACCAUUCUCUAUCAUACACAUCUGUUACUGACUGAUCCAGAGAGAGACUGGGUGUUUUUUGUGGCUUCUCUUUUUCAACCCCGAAGUCAAAAUGCAAUGUUACGCACAGCUUGUCAAACAAGAACGACAGCUCAGCUGCAUUGUCUCUAUGGCUGGUGCCCAAUUUAGACUAGCUUAAAAAGCAGCAACAUUUUGAUCCUUAUUGCUUGUAAGUGUUGAAACCAGGGGAUUCCAAAUCAGUCUGCUUGUUUUGACUGAAAGUUUCCCCAUUUCUGUGUUUACAGCUGGAGGAGGUGAUGGAAACAGAGACGUACAAAAAUGCCAAAAUCAUUCUGGAACGUUUUGAUCCUGAGGCCAAGAGGAAAACUGUGAGUGCAGUUUCUUUUGAUUUAACUUCUCGUAUUGAAUCCUGAUUUGUCACUUUUUGACUUCUCCAUGUUUUGUUUUCUGUCAUGUUGUAGGAGCUUGAGUCGACUCCAGUGCGUCCUCAGAUGACUCCCAGGCCAGGACAAGGUACAACACGUCAAUGCAGAGCAGGCAGAUAACAAAUUGGGAUUCACUGCCACCUGCACAGAGACAGAGUCUUGUCCUUGCUUAAGAAAGAACUGCAGAAUAAAACCCUUUUCUUUGUGUAGAGAUUCGACAAAGAGGAGUGCAAAUGAGACCAAUGCCGAUGGGCACCCCAGGUGCAAUGGCAAUGACUCCCCAGGGAGCACGGCCCACAUUGGCACCAGGAGCUACACCUGUGGGUAAGGGGCUGACAGAGAUCCUCUAUGUUCAGUAUUUAGAAAUAGCAGUUUGUGACUUUGAUGCUGGAUCUACUCUGCACUUUGACUAGAGAGUCAGAGCUCGACUGUUGAGUUCUUUCACCAAAGACUACUACAAGUUUCAGUCUGUCUAAGAAGAUCCUGAAGCAUCCGGCUCAUGGACAAAGCGGAAGUCAGCUGGAACGAACAGAGAGUCCAGCUGCCUCUGACUUUGUUCUUUCAGACGAAUGUGUGUGUGAGUGAGUGGUGUUGUUCCAUGUUGCUCUCCCGACAGAACCUGUUCCUCUCUCAGCUCCAGGAGGACCUCCAGAGAGAUCUGCUCUUUCUGCCUCUGUUCUCCAGGGGGCCGUACCCAGGACCGUCUGCUCCCCUGUACCAGGUGUAGGUAGGUUAUAAGCCCAGAAAUAUGUCUCUUUACAUCAAGGUUGAAUACUGCAAAAGUCUGAAUUAAAGGUAAACUCUGUAUCUCUAUAUACACUUUAUAUAUUCUGUUUCCAACAAGAGUUCUAGUUUCUCUGUUUUUGGUUCUGUUUUUUUAUAGGUUUACAUCCACCAGGUCCUCCAUUAGCAAGACCCAUUCUGCCAAAAGACAGAGGAGCCAUGGACAGAGUAAUUGAGUAUCUAGUUGGAGAUGGACCACAGAACAGGUGAGGAUCUCAUAUUUCGAUUUGAAACCCCAUGAAGAAUUUCCAAGAAUUUAGAAACUUUAGAAACCCUAAGACUUUGGGGUUAGAUAUACGCCCCUUUGCAUCUUGCUGCUCUACCCUCUCUCUCUCUCUCCUUCUCUGUAUUUCUCCCCAACCCAGCAGGUCCUUCCCAAGGUUUCUGCCUGUUAAAAGGAAGUUUUUCCUUUCCACUGUCACUCAUGUUAGAUGAGAGGGGUUAAACCUGUCCCAUCUGAAGGUUGGGUCUUGGCAGUUCAUCAAACAAUGAGUGUGGUCUAGACUCGCUCUUUUUUUGGAAAAGUGUUUGGGGAUAAUGACUGUUGUUAUUUGACGCUAUAUAAAUAAAAUUUGAUUGAUUUUGAUUUGAUUUAUUGAUCUUUAUCUUUGUUUAUGAAGCACAGUUUGUACUCUCUUUAAUAACUGACUACCUGACAUCCCUCAGCAAAACCACUGGAAUUAAGCUUAGCCAAAUAACACCUUAAAUGCCCCAAAAAUUAAAAAAAACAUGAUUUAAAACUGUCUCUUUCUCUUUCCCGCCACUUUUCUUUUCUUCUUAUAGAUAUGCGCUGAUUUGCCAACAGUGUUUUUCCCACAAUGGCAUGGCUUUAAAAGAAGAGUUUGAGUAUCUAGGUAAGGACAAAAACACCCAGUAAAAUGAACAAAAGGGACAUGAUGUAUGUCAAGUUUUUUUGGGGGCUGUUGGGCUGUUAGUCUGUUCCUCAUUCAUUCUCUGUUUUCCUAUUUCCAAUCCUCCAGCAUUUCGUUGCGCAUACUGCUACUUCCUGAAUCCAGCGAGGAAGACCCGCCCCCAGGCUCCCAGGCUUCCAGAGUUCAGCUAUGAGAGAAGGCUGCGAGCAGAGUCACGUUCACCCGGACCAGCACGGCGCUCUGGAGCAGAUACAGAGGAGAGUCCGCCCCCUUCUGGAGGUACUGAGACACACAGUUACACAGACAAGAGGCCGGGAAGAGCAACAACAACCAGGUCUCCUUAGGUCUGAGUCAGAAGUAAAAUGUGUUCAAGCCUAGAGCAAUGCUGGAGGAUGAGAUGUUGAAACUUAAGAGGAAAACAUGAUUUAUCCUGUAACAGUGAGGUUUUUACUGAUCAGUCAGUUUGAUUUUAAACAAGGUUUGAAUUCCACAGCAUAGACCCAACAGACAUGUGAGAGACACAUGCACAUACACUCACUCACACAAACACACUGCCAUACUCACAAUACUCUGUGCUCCUGUAUUACUUACUCCAUGUCCUAACUUCCUGUUUUAGAUGCUUCUUUGUUUAGUGUCCCAGCUGACCUCCAUCAUUUGUUUGUGUUUGAUUCUGUUCUUAACUUCAAUGUUAAUAUUUGUGGUUUUUAUAGCUGUUAGAAUACAAUCAGCCAAAACACAAUACCACCAUUUUAACCUGAUGAAAUCAGUUAGAAAAAGUUAAUCCUUAGAGUUAUUUGUAUUCUUCGGAGCCCGGGAGGUGACAUGAACUUUGUUUUUUUAAAUUCACAUGUACGAUUUAGUAUCUCGUACGUGUGUUUUAUUUGUAUCUUGUGCAUGCAUUUUUGUAAAUAAUCCUCCCCCCUUUUUUGUGAGAGAAGAAGGACAGUGUCAUGGACAGAGAGCAUAUGAUCAACGUUUUCUUUCAUUUAGGUUUGACUCACAAAGAUACUUUAUAUCUGAGCCCCAUUUGGUAUUGUUUUGAGUAGUAGACACCUCAUCAGAAACCCUGAAGCACAGCGACUUUGCUGUCAGCGAUAUUCAGACUUGCAGGAAAUUUUUUUUUUUUAAAUUAAUGAACAGUUAAAGCGCACCCGCAAGAUACUAAAUCACAUGUACAAGAUACUAAAUCACAUGUACAAGAUACUAAAUCAAAUGUACAAGAUACUAAAUCAAAUGUGCGAAUUAAAAAAACAUGGGCUCUGUUGUAUUUAGACACCUCAAUCCUUUUUUGUUAUGAUGUCACCACAUGGUCCACAGUUACGGUUAAAAAGAAAGAAAGAUGACAUUUUUUUGCUUGCACAGUGGUUUAACAAAGCAACAGUGAGUGUACAAGAUACUAUACGAUGUCUUUACAGGGAUUUUAUUCUUGUUUGCAGCACAGAAACUAUUAAGACUAUGAAAAAAUCUCUCUAAAGUUACACAUACAGGAGGUGGAAUAAAGUCCGUGAAAGAAGCCAAAAGUAAGAUUGUAUCCAAAGCCUUGAUUCAUCCUGUUCUGUGCUCGUAAAGGUUCCUUAGCUCUUGUCCUUGGUCAGACCUAUAGGUUUUGCGUGUAGUGAUCAGUGGAUAAUGGUGUGAUCUUGCCUCUAGCCAAGGCUCCAGCCUCGUGGAAUAUGGUCCACAGUUUUCGGAUCCAGCAGAGUCCAAAGAAACCUCAGAACCAACCUCUACAGAGUCCAGGUUCCCCUUUCCCUUCCUGCACUGUCUGAUCUGACUUAAUUUGACCUGAUUUGAUUGAUUGGGUUAUCUCCGAAUGGGCCUAUUUUCUUGGCAGUAGAAUCCAUAACAUUGUAGAGCUCAGCUUAACACCAAGUUUUUGAUCUCUAAUCACCGUAACUCCUUAUAAAACUGAAAAAAUUGGAUUUCCAGUCACUGAAUGUCUGUGCCAGAUCUGGGUUCAGUAAAAACACAGUUGAUCCAAUUUAGAAAUCAAAAAUCCACCUUUUGAAAGUUUAGGAAUUCAUGUGAACUCUUGUCAAAGUCGAGGCUUUGUUUGAUAACUGAUGCAGAAUUAUCUAAUUAGUCUUGAUAGAAGAGAAAUAUCGUUAGAAUAUUAAUGUUAAAAAAAUAAAUAAAGAAAGUCACUUCAUCUGACUCAGAUCUGGUCUUCACUGAGUGAUCAAAAUGUUUGGAUAAGUGUCCUUGCUGAUUGAUUUCCCCCUCAAUCUCCAUGUUCAAUGUCUCAUGUCUCUAAAAGCUCGAUGUGCUCUCUAGUACACGUGUUUGAUACAAAAAAAUACAGAAGAGAUCAGUUUGUGCUUUGUUGGAUUGAAAAGAAAUCUGAAAGGUUUUUGUGCAUAUAUCUUUAUUCUGCAUCCAAUGAUCUAGCUGCUAUCUGCUCUUAUUUGUCAUUCUUUGAAGCUCCUGUGUUGAAGCUCCCUUUGUGUUGACUUUGGUGCCCUCUGUGGACAAAGCAGUACCUCUUCUCUGCUAAUCUUGUCCUGUAAAUAAGGAAAAAACUCAUCCUGCUCUCUGUUAGUGUGGCAAGUAUCACUCUGUGAAACAUGGCAGAGUAAACAAAACUAACUUCACUGUCUUACGGAUGACCUUGUCUGCUUUUGCAGCUCACAUAGAGGUAUCAGUCGUCUGUUUUAUAACCAGUGAAAAAUUCGGCACAGGAGCUUUGAGUCAGCUGUAGUGAUUUUAUGAGAGAGGGCAUCUGUUAAACAGCCAUCAUCGAGUGGCGUAUAAAUUCCGCUAUGGCCUGAAAAAGGCUCCAGGUUUUCUGCUUGACAGGAUCUUUGUUGUUUGUUUUAAUCCGAAACAUUUUCUAAUUUUGAUCACUGGCUUUUAUAAACUUUCAAAUCAAUGUUAACCCUAACAAAGAAUUAACUGUAAAUGACCUUAAUUCAACCCUGAUUUUAACCCUCAACAAACAAAUCAUUUAUUGAACUUCAAACCGUUCACAUUAUCUCAGCUGCUCCCUCUUUUCUCACUCUUUCUGAGUUUUUAGUUCCUCUCCUCAAUCCUAGUAAACACAUCUGACUUACGUGUCUCCCUGUCAGAUGAGAAAGAGCUGGGGGAGGAUGAAGGACGUGGCGCAGAAACAGAGAGUGAGAACCAAUCGAAGGAGCAGCUGCAAACGCAACAGCGAGCGGAGGAAGAGGAGGAAGAAGAAGAGCUGGUUCAGGAGGAGGAGAAGGAGGAGGACCAAGUGAUGGCGACGGAGCAGAGUCACAGUGCCCCCUGUGAGACAGAACCCCAGUCCUCAUAGUAGCAGAGAGUCCAGAAGAGGAUCAGAGACAUCUGAUUGCUCUGUCUGAACACAGUGUUGUGAUUGGCCAUGAUAGAGCGGUGUCAUUUUAAAGCAAUGUGAUCUCAAGAUGUCUUUCAUCCUUGUAACCAAAGUCUUACUUCUUUUUUGUCUAUAUACAUACGAAACAUAAAGCAGCAUAUGAAUCAAGAUGACAACAUUCAUCCUAAUCAACAGUAAAAUCACUAACCAUAUUGCCUAAAAUGACACCAACAUUUCAUGGUCCUUAAAAGUUGGAUUGGUUGAAUUAGAAAGUGUCUGAUUAAUGAUUGUAGUAAAAAUCCUAAGGCUGUUUUAGCACAGAGAAGUUAGCCACUGAUUAGGUUCCCCUUAUUGAUAACUGACAGUUAAUUUAUCAGUAUUUUAUGGUUUAUUUUUGGCUUUGAGGUUCUUUUAGAUUUGGAGAAUCUGGCUGCUCUAUGUUUUGUUCUUAAAAGAGUUGUGGUUUGGAGAGCACUACAGGUUCAUAGACUAUAAUUAGCAAAAACAUACUAGAAUCUUCACUUCCUCACUGACCCUGACAUGGCUCCUCGAUGUCUGCCUAUUUAACUUUUUAAUUUAAUGCAAAUUGUUAAGUACAUAGGAUGUACAUGAUGUUUAUUGUUCAGUUAGGUGGAAAUUUUCUGUCAAGGUUUUCAAAAAUAUUUUGAAAUCCAGCACAGCACCUGACGCCAUUUAAUGUGUUUACACUUUAUUCUUAUAAGUAUGCCACUCAAGGUUAAAGGUGCUGGUAGAGCUUUUUCCAUUGCCAGUUUUUAAUCCCCUAUAUUUUAACUUAAACCUUAGAUUUAUUAGUGAUAUUUAUAUUUUAACAAGCAGCCCCUGUAGACAAGUUAUCCUGCUAAAAUUUGUAACUUUUCUUACCUAAAAAUCACAGUUUGUGUAACUACACUCUUCCAUCAGCUGUGCUUGUCUGCUGAGCGCACCUGUUCUUAAAAUAUAGGCUAAUAAAACAGAGAAUCGACCAGGAUUUUAGAUACAACCCCAUCACUAAAAAAAAAAAAGCAGCUAUAGGAUAGGACAACCAUAGAAAGCAACCAUAACAACUUAUGGUUCUUGCCAUUUUUGCUGCCUUUGUCUCCUGUUUACUGGUGAGAAAGUUAGAAACAGUCAUCCAUGUCUGAGUGAGUAAAAACAAGGAGACUGUGGGAUGAUAUGUGAGCUAAACUGAAAGGGGGGGACUGUGAUUUGUUGGCUGCACUCUACAACCUCUCCACUUGGUGGCACUAAAACAUUGUCACUGCUUAUCACUGCAGUUACCCAGAACUGUGGGCAGCUUCUAAAUAUGAACUGUAGAUUGGCUGUCUGUACAAGUCUUUCCUUGUGUUUUAAGUUAGCUAUUUUAAAUGUGUAGAACAAACUGACCCAGUGUAACCCUCCUGCGCUGUCUGUGCCUUUCCUUUGAUUAACAAGUGGCCACAAACAUGAAAGGCUUUACCAAAAGUUUCAAGUUUCAAGUUUCUUUAAAAGCAGCAUUUCUGGUUUUUUUUACUCUAAAUUUCUCCACUGAAAUGAAAUCUGUGGUUGCUUUUAAGGAUAUCAUCUUGUGAUGUCAACUUAAGCUUACUUAUCAGAGUUAUGCUAUCAAUCAAAAAGUCCGUGAAAAACCACUGAACAUUUUACAAAUGGUAGAAAAGAGCAGACUUAAGCAAGAAUUGCCAAUUUUAUCUCCUACCUGCUCAUUGCCAAUCACAGCCCCUCAUAGGUUUAUCAUUUGCCAAAUGCACUGUCUUUAAUGUCAAACCUGACUCCAUUUGCACUGAGUUUCUCUUUGUAUUUAUUUGGCCAUAUUGUGUUUUAUCUGUUUCAGGUAUUGCUGCACUCUUUGGUCUUAGAGGCCAAAUGUCUGAAACCUAUGUUACUGUUAUAAUGAAUUUGAAGCUUGAGGCCUGGUUUUGGUUGUGUAGCAUUCAGGGUUUUAUCAGAUUAGUAUUCUGAAAGAAGUAUUUUCUUUUUCUUUUUUUUCCCGCUGUUGUUCAUUUGAAGUGUGUUCACUAUUGUUUUUCUCGUGGUCUUCCCUUUGUCAAGCUGCUGCUGCAAUGUAAAGAUUGAGAAGGUUCCCACUUAGUGAGCACUAACACCUUUUUUUUAAAAAUUUUUUAUUUUUGACAAUUCUUCAUUCUGCUAUUGAAUGGACUAGAAGAUAUAAUGAGGCCUUAAGCAAAAACGUCUCUGUCGUUGAAACUUGUAAUGUGCACAGAAACCCAGCUAGAUUAAGUGGGAAAUAACUCUUCAGGGGUACAAGAAAAAUUCAACAUGAAGUAAUAUUUAAUAUCCAUAUUUAAAUAUUUUCAGUCAGUGAUUUUCUCUGUAAUACUAUGUGUGUUUGUUAUUUGUAUUUGACCACAUUGAAACCUCCUGACUAACACAAUCAUCUGGCAAAUGUUGUCCGUACAGGUUUUAUGGUAGUCCUCUCCUUGUAUGUGGCAGCCAAAGUGCUUUUAGUCUGACAAACCUCUGCUGAAUGUUAAGGACAGACCUUGUGAGGAAUUUAAAGUAGCCUGUCUCCACAGUGUGACAUUUAGAUUUUUUUCCCAGUUAUAUCCCUCCACCAGGCAGCAGUGUUUACAGAAGUCACAAAAUAAUGCAUCGUGACACCUGUGCUUUUUUACUGGUUUGUGCUAACAAGUUUCUGUUAUUUCUUUAUAUUACAAUCUGCUGGUGAUGGAAUUGUGGAAACUUUCAACAUUUAUAAAGACUUAAGAUACUCUUCUAGCUGUCUGAAAAUGUGGAUACAUGUUUUGUGUGUUUACUUUUGGUCUUUUGUUUGGUUUUUCUUUGCUUGAUAUAUCACCUACUUUUGUCAGUGCUGGCUGACAUUACAUGUGUGCAUGGCACGCCUAAUAAAGUUUUUUAAAAGCAA